GCCGAAGGCGGGACUUUUGCACAGGAAAGCGCCGUUUAAAAGGCUGAAAAUCAGUUGCGGAGCCCGCUAAUGGGGGGAGGGGUGAAGCGUCCAAAGAGGCCCGCGGUUUCCUUGAAGGGAAAGAACCAAAGUCCAAACGGCUCAGUGGGGCCUAGAAAGGAAAGGCCGUUUGGUGCUGGAAAUGGCAAGAACCAGCGAGUGAAAAGCCUAGAGCGUCCAAUUGGCCCUUUGAUGUUCGGCCGCCACCUGUUUACCUGUGCGACGGAAGUGACGUUGGCAGGCAACCUGCCAAUAGCGUUGAAGUGAGUGUUAAGGCAGAAGGAUGGGCGCCAGAAGCUGGCCCGAGGAGUGGCACUUUCCCAGGUAACUUCAGCGUGUCCUACUUAGAAUGGACGCUGUUGCCAGCCACAGCUGUUACCUGCUUCAGCAGCUUCAUGAGCAACGCAUUCAAGGUCUUCUUUGUGACUGCAUGUUGGUGGUCAAAGGUGUCUGUUUCAAAGCACAUAAAAAUGUGUUAGCUGCUUUCAGCCAGUAUUUCAGGACCCUAUUUCAGAAUUCUUCAGGACAGAAGAAUGAUGUCUUUCAACUGGAUAUUAAAAAUGUUGGUGGGAUAGGACAAAUCUUGGACUACAUGUACACGUCCCACCUUGACCUGAACCAGGACAAUGUGAAAGCUCUUUUGGAUAUUGCUCAGUAUCUGCAAGUGCAGAACGUCUUGAACGUGUGUCGCUCCUUUAUCAAAUCCUCUGCGAUCUUGGAGCAGCCAGCUGCCAUGCCUUGUAACAACAAUACCUUCCCAUUGCAAAAUACUUUGGCUGCCGAUACUACUUGUGAGACCUACGAGGCUAAUUUGCUGCGCGCUUGUUCCCCAGCUGCACAGCCCGGCAAACUCCUGGAUGAGCAUCAUUUGCAAGGGACACUGCCUGCUGCCCUCCCCGUCUCCUCUAGUGAUGCAGACAAACAGAAACAAGAUUCGAUGGGUGCUAAUUGCACAAAUCUCCCACUUAAGCAGCCAAAUGGCUAUUACAAACUUCGUAACUUUUAUAGCAAACAGUUCUACAAGCAGACUGUUUGUCCCGGCAACGAACAAUCAUCAGAGCCGUCCUUUUCUUUUAGUGCCUCUGCAGAACCCAGCGCAGCUGAACAUAAUGCUGCUUGUCUCAUCAGUCACUCAGAAUGUAUUUUGGAAUCAUCUGAUCAUUUACCUUUGAACUUCCUAGUUCAGCCUUUAAGUGAGUGUAAUGAAGAUCAGGAUUCAGAAAGCACCCCUUUACAUUCAGCUGACUUCAGACUUCGGAAAGCAGUGCCCCUUAAGAAACUGAAUUCCCUCAGGUCUCAGAAGUCUUCAGACUUCAGUUCUCCCGAAUCUCCUAAAAUUGCCGAUGGGGACAUUGCUGAGGAGGCUGAGCUGGAAAGAGGAAGUGCUGUGCAGAGGGCAAAUGCUGCUGCCGAAAACCAAGCAGGGGAAGAAGAGCUGGCCAAUCCGGAAGGCUUGGAGCAAAAUGCCGAGCUUGAGCCGUCACAGGAACUUUCUGAAGGGAAUGGCCAGUCCCCGACUUUCCUUUCCGAGAGGCAGUAUCCUUGUGCGUUAUGUGGAAAAGCUUUUAAACACCCCAGCAACCUGGAGCUCCACAUAAGGUCUCAUACAGGUGAGAAGCCAUUUGAAUGCAACAUUUGUGGGAAAUGUUUCUCACAGGCAGGCAAUCUUCAGACUCAUUUACGUCGGCAUUCAGGUGAAAAGCCUUACAUUUGUGAAAUCUGCGGGAAACGGUUUGCAGCCUCUGGGGACGUCCAGCGUCACAUUAUUAUCCAUACGGGAGAAAAGCCUCACUUGUGUGACAUUUGUGGCCGAGGAUUUAGUAAUUUCAGUAAUUUAAAGGAACACAAAAAGAACCAUGCCAUAGAAAAAGUUUUCACCUGUGAUGAGUGCGGAAAGUCCUUUAACUUACCCCGGAAGUUAGUAAAGCACAGGAUCCGGCACACGGGAGAGAGGCCUUACAGCUGCUCAGCUUGUGGGAAAUGCUUUGCAGGGUCUGGUGACUUACGAAGGCACAUCCGGACUCAUACUGGGGAAAAGCCAUAUACCUGCGAGACCUGCAAUAAAUGCUUUAGUCGUUCUGCCGUCUUACGCCGGCACAAAAAAAUGCAUUGUAAAGCAGGUAACGAAGAUCCAAGUCGUCUAGACGAUCUGGCCCAAACAGUGGAAAUAUCGGACCUUGAAAAGUCCCAAAUGCCAGACUCGUUUACCCAAGAAAUAUCAGUGACUUUACUGCCAGUGUCAGUGAAACUUCCCAUCCACCCAUCUGGAAAUUCAGCGGAUGAAUUGGAAAGCCCCGCGGGAACAUUUCGUAAAAUGCCACCCACAGAGCAGCAGAAUGAUUGUGGGAACCCCCAGAAAACGAGUUUAGAUCCUGUGAAGCUCUCCAGGUAUCCCCAAAGACUUAAUCGUCCAUGUUCUUGUAAAGAAGUGGCAACACCACCAGAGGAGCCGCCGCUGCAGUCUGACGGGAUCUCUACGGUUCACUCCACAGGGGCCAGCCUGGGCAGCAGCUGCAGUAGUGAACUGAAUAGCCGCGUAUCAUCUGCAGAAUAUAGAAGCAACGAAGGGCCAUUCUUCUCCAGCGUGACCCUGUGGGGUUUAGCCAUGAAGACUUUGCAGAAUGAGAAUGAGUUAGAUCAGUGAGAAGUCAGACUGCUGAUUUGUAUAGUACGGAAAGUGCUCAGAGAGCAUCCAUCGAUGUUACAUUGUUGAAAUCCUUACAGCAGGGGGCAUGCUGGCAGGGGCUGAUGGGAAUUGUAGUCCAUGAACAUCUGGAGCACCACAGGUUGGCCACCCCUACCUUACAACAACCUUUCAAGGGAAGUCGCAAUUACAAUCCCUGUGUUUCAGACUGUGGACAGGCACCGCAAGAGUGGUUCAUCUGAGGUCAUCUGUUAAACUUGUGGCAAAGGUAUGAUGUCAGGCUGGUGACUUCUGAUCAGCGUCUGGCCACGGAUUGUGGCUGUCACUGAGGGCACAGGGGUGGGGGCAGAGUGGGAGUCUGGUCCAAGGGGCUCAGUCCACUGGGAAGCCCUGCAGAGUGCUGCACAUCACUUGCUCUCUCAGUGAGGGACGUACAAAAGACCUGUCCACUGGAUUGUGCACCACUUGCGUGCAUUUAUUUAUUCAUAUCCCACUUUUCUCCCCACCAUUGGGAUUCAAAGCAGCUUAGAACAUCAUUCUCCCCAUGGCCAUUUUCUCACCACAACAACCCUGUGAGGUGGGCCAAAUUUGAGAGUUGGUGAAGGUCAUCCAGCAAGCUUCCCUGGUAGGAAUGUGGGUCACCCGGGGUCCUAGUCCACCACCGUAUCCACUAUACCACCUUGGGACAAUGUGUGUGUCAAGUGCCGUUUGCAUUGUCUGCUUUAGAUACUGAAAUAUCUUAGGUUGGCCCAGGUACAAGUUACCUGAGAUUAUAGCGACGCCUGACAUUGAAGAAGAGCCGUGCUCUGACUUUUGAGAACUCUGAAGCUCCCCCAGACGCAGGCCAAGACAGCUGCCAGGGAGGGUGAAGCUGCCGGCUUCCUUUGCGUGAGUGUCUGUGCUGUUUCCUCCCUUCCCCGCUUAGGGGCAACUAGAGCGUAGCAGAGGCCACCAUGGGGGCGCAUCAGCCAGCACGACGUUCAGUGGUCCUGGCUCACCUGCGGGGGAGUUCCAAGAUUCUCAGAAAUCAAGGGUCUGGCUCGUGCAUGGCUGCUGCUGCUUCUUCCAUGGGAGGAAAUGUCAUGUACAAACAGGCUGAGCUUCUCGAAGAAUGUUGAUGCUUUCCCAGUGUUUGUUGCUGUGGAGCGUUCAGAACGUCCAGCUCAGCCGGCUGUUGGGCUUCUUCCUUGAGGGCAGCUUCUUGUCUUUGCUCGUGUAAGGGGGAGCUCCCAGUGGCGACUAAAUGCUGAGACCCAAAACCGAACUCUCUUCCACCCAUGAAGGUGAUUUCAGGUCAGGAGCUGAGCUGGAGAAGAGUAAGAUCCAAGGAGGACCUGUGGUUUCUUGGUGAAGCUUGUUAUAAAAGGCACUGUUGAAAAACACGCUCAAUUGAAUCCAUUCCAUUCCUGUGGGGUUUUCUUGAAUUUUCCUCCCAGUGCAGCAGAGGGCAGGUUUUUGCUUCUGGCCCACGUGAAUGCUCUUCUUGCAUUAUUGGAUUCCAGGAAAUAAAAAUAAGCUGCUGGAGCUACAUUGAAUCUUGAGUUAUCCGGAGAUAUAAAUCCUGCAAAAGCCAUUAAAUCCAGUUGUCUCUUUAUGUCAAACAUGCAGCCUGGGGGCCAAAUCCAACCCCUGAGUGGCAUCGCCAGGCCGGAUCAGGCACGCGGGGGCUGGGGGGGGGGGGGCAGUGCCUCAGCUGCCUUGUGGGUUUGAUAAACCCUGUCAAGGCAGCUGCCCCAUCCCUCUGCAGGCUCACCAGUUCAGGCGACACCCCCCACCCCCCGGUUCUGUUCUGGGACCAGCCGAGGUGGACCAGACCUGGACCAACCAAGUCACAUUUAUAUCAUACCUGGUCCUUGUCACAAAUGAGGAGUGUCUACAUAUCUUUAAGGUGCCGCUAGACUUCAGUCUUAUUCUUUUUUCCCUACAGCAGUGUCAGGAAUAUCUGGGGAAAAUCACCCGUGCUAGCAGGAGGUCACAUGAGUCCCCAAACACUAGGGUGAUAUUUAGCCAAACUGAACAUUAAACGUGUUUGUCUGUGCAAUCUAUCAGUUUAUAUAAAGUUUUAUUUUUAUAUUAAAGCAUCAUUCUAUAUUUCAGCCUUUUAUAUUGCUUUGAAUAAAUAAUGUGGACCUUUCAAAUAAAGUAUGUUUUUAUAUUUAAAA